AUGCUCUCCCCGGACGCCCCAGAGCGUCGCGAUGCUCUCCCCAGACGCCCGAGAGCGUCGCGAUGCUCUCCCCGGACGCCCCAGAGCAUCUCGAUGCUCUCUCCGGACGCCCCAGAGCGUCGCUAUGCUCUCCCCGGACGCCCCAGAGCGUCACGAUGCUCUCCCCGGACGCCCCUUAGCGUCGCUAUGCUCUCCCCGGACGCCCUAGAGCGUCGCUAUGGUCUUCCCGGACGCCCCAGACCGUCGCGAUGCUCUCCCCGGACGCCCCAGAGCUUCACGAUGCUCUCCCCUGACGCCCCAGAGCGUUGCUAUGCUCUCCCCGGACGCCCCAGAGCGUCGCGAUGCUCUCCCCGGAUGCCCCAGAGCAUCGAUAUGCUCUCCCCGGACGCCCUAGAGCGUCGCGAUGCUCUCCCCGGACGCCCCAGAGCAUCGCGAUGCUCUCCCCGUACGCCCCAAAGCGUCGCGAUGCUCUCCCCGAACGCCCCAGAGGGUCGCGAUGCUCUCCCCGGACGCCCCAGAGCGUCGCAAUGCUCUACCCGGAUGCCCCAGAGCGUCGUGAUGCUCUCCCCGGACGCCCCAGAGCGUCGCGAUGCUCUCCCCGGAAGCCCCAGAGCGUCGCGAUGCUCUCCCCGGACGCCCGAGAGCGUCGCGAUGCUCUCCUUGGAAGCCCCAGAGCGUCGCGAUGCUCUCCCCGGACGCCCCAGAGCGUCGCAAUGCUCUCCCCGGACGCCCCAGAGCGUCGCGAUGCUCUCCCCGGACGCCCCAGAGCAUCGCGAUGCUCUCCUCAGACGCCCCAGAGCAUCGCGAUGCUCUCCCCGGACGCCCCAGAGCGUCGCGAUGCUCUCCCCGGACGCCCCACAGCGUCGCGAUGCUCUCCCCAGACGCCCCAAAGCGUCGCUAUGCUCUCCCCGGACGCCCCAGAGCGUCGCGAUGCUCUACCCAGACGCCCCAGACGGUCGCGAUGCUCUCCCCGGACGCCCCAGAGCAUCGCGAUGCUCUCCCCGGACGCCCGGGAGCGUCGCGAUGCUCUCCCCGGACGCCCCAGAGCGUCGCGAUGCUCUCCCCGGACGCCCCAGAGCGUCGCUAUGCUCUUCACAGACGCCCCAGAGCGUCACGAUGCUCUCCACGGACGCCCCAGAGCAUCGCGAUGCUCUCUCCGGACGCCCCAGAGCGUCGCGAUGCUCUCCCCAGACGCCCCAGAGCGUCGCUAUGCUCUCCCCGGACGCCCCAGAGCGUCGCGAUGCUCUUCCGGGACGCCCCAGAGCGUCGCGAUGCUCUUCUCUGAUGCCCCAAAGGGUCGCGAUGCUCUCCCCGGACGCCCCAGAGCAUCGCGAUGCUCUCCCCGGACGCCCCAGAGCGUCUCGAUGCUCUCCCCGGACGCCCCAGAGCAUCGCGAUGCUCUCCUCGGACGCCCUAGAGCGUCGCGAUGCUCUCCCCGGAUGCCCCAGAGCGUCGCUAUGCUGUCUCCGGACGCCCCAGAGCGUCGCGAUGCUCUUCCCGGACGCCCAGAGCGUCGCGAUGCUCUCCCCGGACGCCCUAGAGCGUCGCGAUGCUCUCCCCGGACGCCCUAGAGCGUCGCGAUGCUCUACCCGGACGCCCCAGAGCGUCGCGGCGCUCUCCCCAGCCGCCCCAGAGCGUCGUGAUGCUCUGCCCGGACGCCCCAGAGCGUCGCGAUGCUCUCCCCGGAAGCCCCAGAGCGUCGCGAUGCUCUCCCCGGACGCCCGAGAGCGUCGCGAUGCUCUCCCCGGAAGCCCCAGAGCGUCGCGAUGCUCUCCCCGGACGCCCCAGAGCGUCGCGAUGCUCUCCCCGGACGCCCCAGAGCGUCGCUAUGCUCUCCCCGGACGCCCCAGAGCAUCGCGAUGCUCUCCCCGGACGCCCCAGAGCAUCGCGAUGCUCUCCUCGGACGCCCCAGAGCGUCGCGAUGCUCUCCCCGGACGCCCCAGAGCGUCGCGAUGCUCUCCCCGGACGCCCCAGAGCGUCGCGAUGCUCUCCUCGGACGCCCCAGAGCGUCGUGAUGCUCUGCCCGGACGCCCCAGAGCCGUCGCUAUGCUCUCCCCGGACGCCCCAGAGCGUCGCGAUGCUCUCCCCGGACGCCCCAGAGCAUCGGGAUGCUCUCCUCGGACGCCCCAGAGCGUCGCGAUGCUCUACCCGGAUGCCCCAGAGCGUCGUGAUGCUCUCCCCGGACGCCCCAGAGCGUCGCGAUGCCCUCCCCGGACGCCCCAGAGCAUCGCGAUGCUCUCCCCGGACGCCCCAGAGCGUCUCGAUGCUCUCCCCGGACGCCCCAGAGCAUCGCGAUGCUCUCCUCGGACGCCCUAG